AUGCUCCGCCAGACACGCCUCCUGUCUGCAACGAGCAGCAGGAUGAUCUCAACACGAGCAGCAGCGGUUGCAUCGUCGUCGUCAUCGCUCGGCAAGGUCGUUCGCUUUGAGACUGCGAACGCGGAAUCAGCUGCGAGCGGCACGCUGACCAAGGUCAAGAAGCCCCUGCCCAGCUCUGCGCGCGUGGUCAUUUGCGGCGGCGGCAUCAUUGGCAACAGCGUUGCGUACCACCUGGCCAAGCUCGGCUGGAAGGACGUCGUGCUGCUCGAGCAGGGCAAGAUUGGCUGUCUGACAACCUGGCACGCGGCGGAGACCAAGCUCUCGGAUUACGGCAGCAAGGUCUAUGCGAGCCUCGAAGCCGAGACAGGCUGGCGGCAAUGCGGCUCCAUCACGGUCGCGCGCAAGGACUCGGAGCGCCUCACUCACAUUAAGCGCAACGCUGCCAAGGCCGCCGCGUUCGGCAUCAAGGCCGAGAUCAUUAGCCCGUCAGAAGUCUCAAAGCUCUAUCCCAUGAUGCGCACUGACGAUCUGGCUGGAGCAUUGUGGCUGCCAGAAGACGGUGUCGCCACCUCAACAGACUUGUGCAAUGCCUUCUCGAAGGGCGCCAAGAUGAAUGGCGUCCAGAUUCACGAGGGCGUUGAGGUCCAAAAAGUCUUUACCAAGAACGGUGCCGUUUCUGGUGUUCGUACCAACGAGGGCGACAUUGCCUGCGACGUUUUCGUCAACUGCGGCGGCCUGUGGUCGCGCGAGAUUGGCAAGCUGAGCGAGCCCCAAGUCAACAUCCCGCUGCAUGCUGCCGAGCACUUUUACAUUGUCACAAAGAACCUGCAGGGCGUCCACCCCAAUUUGCCCGUGAUGCGCGACCCCGACGGUUACACGUACUUCCGCGAAUGGAGCGGCGGUCUUGUUGCUGGUGGCUUUGAACCAAAGUGCAAGCCCUGCUUCCACGAUGCCAUUCCCAAGCCAUUCGAGUUUGAGCUACUUCCCGACGAUUGGGAUCACUUUGGCGUGCUCAUGGAGCAAAUCCUCCAUCGCAUCCCCUCCAUCGAAAGCGUCGAAGUUCGCAACAUGGUGAACGGCCCCGAGUCCUUCACUGCAGACAACCAGUACGUCCUCGGCGAAACCCCGCUCAUCCGCAAGUACUUUGUUGCCGCGGGCAUGAACAGCAGUGGUAUUGCAAGCUCUGCUGGUGCGGGCAAGGCGCUGUCAGAGUGGAUUGUUGCCGGUCAGCCGACCAUGGAUUUGUGGGCGAUCGACAUUCGUCGCUUUGCUCCCUUCCAAAACAACAAGGCCUUCCUGCGCGAGCGCACCCUCGAGACUCUUGGCCUACACUAUGCCAUCCCGUGGCCCAAGCGCGAGCUCGAGUCUGGUCGCAACGUUCGCCGCUCUCCGCUGCACGACCGCCUCCAGGCGCGAAACGCGUCGUUUGGCAGCAAGUUUGGUUGGGAGCGCGCCAACUGGUUUGCACCGAAGGGCGUCGAGCCCGUCAAUGUGUACUCGUUCAAGCGUCAGAACUGGUUUGAGCACGCGGGUCGCGAGGCCCUCAACACGCGCAACAAUGUGUCCGUGUUUGACCAGACCUCGUUCGCCAAGUUCCAGGUCCAGGGCGCCGAUGCAGAGCGCUUCCUGCAGCGCACCGCAGCUGGCAACAUGGCCGUGCCGAUUGGCAAGGUCGUCUACACGGGCAUGCUGAACAACCGCGGCGGCUACGAGACAGACGUCACCAUCACCCGCACCGCAGCCGACACGUACUUUGUUGUGAGCCCGACCGCUCAAGCGGUGCGCGAUCUGGACUGGAUGAACAAGAGCAUUCUUCCCGACGAGCGUGUUUCCAUCACCGACGUGACUUCCGCCUACGCCGUCAUCGUCGUCAUGGGCCCCAACUCUCGCACCCUGCUGUCCCGCCUCCAGUCGCCCAAGUGCGACUCCCCGACCAGCGAAAACUCUGUAUUUGCGUCCAAGAACUUCCCCUUCGGCACAAGCCAGCUUGUUGAUCUCGGUUUCACGACCAUUCGAGCAACGCGUGUCACCUAUGUUGGUGAGCUUGGCUGGGAACUUUACGUUCCGCAAGAGAUGGCUUGCUCCCUCUUUGACGAAAUUCUGGCAGCCGGCAAGGACUUGAGUGUGGCGCUCGGCGGCUACUAUGCCAUCGAUUCGCUCCGUAUCGAAAAGGGCUACCGUGCAUGGGGCGCCGAGCUCACAUCCGAAGUGACGCCGAUCGAAGCUGGUCUGUCGUUCGCCGUCGACAUGAACAAGGGAGAUUUCGUCGGUCGCGAGGCCCUCGUUGCCCAGAAGAAGAGUGGCGUCAGCAAGCGUCUCGUCUCGUUCAUGGUGGAUGACGGCGCCGAGCCGGGCGACCAUGCCUGCAUGUGGGGCGAUGAAGCCAUUGUUCGCGACGGCAAAGUCGUCGGAUUCAUCACCUCGGCCUCAUACGGCUACGCUGUCGGCAAGACUGUCUGCAUGGGCUUUGUCAAGAACGACAGCGGCGUUGCCGACCCGGCCUUCGUCAUGGGCGGCAAGUAUCAAAUCGACAUUGCCGGCAAGCUGUACAAUGCCACUCCUACGCUCAAGCCCGCAUAUGAUCCGACCAAUGCUCGGGUCAACGCUUAA